AGAAUUUGUGUUUUGAGAAGAAUGGCUUACACACAAGGUUUCUUGCAGCUCCAUGCUCUAAGCACUCCUGUUAGAGUUUGGCCACACUGGGAAGUGGGAAGCACCAAACGAAAACACAUUGUGUGCAACGCACAGAAGGAGGAUGUGGAAGAGGGUGAAGUCACCACUCUUAGCCAUGUCUCUCGCAGAUUGGCCCUCGGCACUGCGCUCAUCGGCGGCGCCGCUGCUGCAGGCGCUAAGGUAUCACCUGCUAAUGCUGCUGAUGAUGCAGAACUCUCUCUCGACCAACCUGCAUUUAUUACCACAUUACCAGCUUCAAUAAGCUCUGAGGAAUAUCCUGCAUCCGUUGUCGAAGCUCUUUCUCUCAAUCGAACCAGUUUUCCCAAGGGCUUCGUUUUCGGGACAGCAUCAGCGGCAUACCAGUACGAAGGAGCGGCGUUUGAAGAUGGAAGAAAAGCAAGUAUAUGGGAUGCAUUCACCCACAGAUAUCCAGAGAGGAUAAGGGAUAGAAGUAAUGGAGAUGUAGCAGUUGACGAAUAUCACCGCUACAGGGAAGAUAUUCAGAUAAUGAAGGAUAUGAAUCUGGAUGCAUACAGAUUCUCCAUAUCAUGGUCUAGAAUAGUACCAAAUGGAAAGGUGGGUCCAUACGAGGAGGGUGUAAACCAAGCAGGAAUCGAUUAUUACAAUCGCCUCAUAGAUUAUCUGAUAGACAACGGUCUAAAACCAUAUGUCACACUUUUUCACUGGGAUCUUCCCCAAGCUUUAGAAGAGGAGUAUGGAGGUUUUUUAUCUCAUCAUGUUGUAGAUGAUUUCCGAGACUAUGCAAGAGUUUGUUUCAAAAACUUUGGAAACAGGGUGAAACAUUGGAUUACUCUAAAUGAGCCAUGGUCUUACAGUAACAAUGGUUACGCAGUUGGGACGUUUGCACCAGCUCGAUGCUCUGAAUGGCAAGAUCCAACUUGCCUCGGUGGUGACUCAGGAAGAGAACCAUAUAUAGUUACACAUAAUCUACUACUUUCUCAUGCAGCCGCUGUAGAAGAGUACAGAAAAUUUCAGGAAUAUCAAGAAGGAAUGAUAGGCAUAACACUUAUUUCUCAUUGGUAUGAGCCACAAACAGACUCUGAAUCAGAUAAAGACGCCGCCAAACGUGCACUUGACUUCAUGUUUGGGUGGUACAUGGAACCAUUGACAACAGGAAAAUAUCCAAAGAGCAUGCGUUAUCUAGUUGGUAAUCGAUUACCAGAGUUCUCAAAACAUGAAUCAAAACUUCUUGCUGACUCAUAUGAUUUUAUUGGAAUAAACUAUUACACCACUGUUUGCGUUGCGGAUAAUCCUUCUGUUCAACCAGAAUCUAAACGUAGUUAUAGUACAGAUCCCAAUGUCAUUUAUUCAACUCAACGCAAUGGUGUUCUCAUAGGUGUACCGACGGCUUCUGAUUGGUUAUAUGUUUGCCCCAAAGGAAUUAAAAAGUUGUUGCUCUAUACCAAAAAAGAGUACAACGAUCCUUUGAUUUAUAUAACUGAAAAUGGAAGAGGCAAUGACAUAGGUGAAGAACACGAUACACUUGAGGAAUCUCUUAUAGAUGUUUAUAGAAUCGAUUUUUACUAUCGUCAUCUCUAUUAUCUACUUUCAGCAAUAAGGGAUGGUCGCGUAAAUGUAAAAGGAUAUUUCGCAUGGUCACUUUUGGAUAAUUUUGAAUGGAGAGAUGGGUAUUUGAUAGGAUUUGGACUAAACUAUGUGGACAGGAAAAAUAAGUUGAAGCGAUAUCCCAAACUUUCAGCAAAGUGGUUUAAAAAUUUUCUUCAAAAAGCAUGAGAUGAUUGCAAGAGUUUGGAAGAUAAUCUCUUAUGUAAUGUUGCCUAUUAAUAAAUUUGUGUGGGAGCUGUUAAACUUUUUAUUAAUGUAAUGCUUUUUUAUUACUGAAAUGUGGCUUGUUUAGUAAA